CCGCUCUGGCCGCGUACUUGGCCGGGGGCUCCCUCCUGCCCCCGGCCCCCUCCGCCCGGACGCCUCUGUACCCCAACACCCUUCGAACUGCAUCAGGGAGGUGCCGGUACGCCGGACGUGACGUCACCCCGCGGAGCCGGAAGCGGCUCCUGAGGGAGGGAGGGAAGAUGGCGGAGGUGGGCGAGGUCAUCGAGGGCUGCCGCCUGCCCGUGCUGCGGCGUAAUCAGGACAACGAGGAUGAGUGGCCUUUGGCCGAGAUCCUGAGCGUGAAGGACAUCAGCGGCAGGAAGCUGUUCUAUGUUCAUUACAUCGACUUUAACAAGCGUCUGGAUGAGUGGGUGACCCAUGACAGGCUGGACCUAAAGAAGAUCCAGUUUCCCAAAAAAGAGGCCAAGACUCCCACAAAAAAUGGGCUCCCUGGGUCCAGGCCAGGCUCCCCUGAGAGGGAGGUGAGGAAGACCCUGGACCUAUCUCUACAGCCGGCUUCGGCCCAGGCCAGUGGGAAGACACUGCCGAUCCCGGUGCAGAUCACACUCCGCUUCAACCUACCCAAGGAGCGCGAGGCCAUCCCCGGCGGCGAGCCUGACCAGCCCCUCUCCUCCAGCUCCUGCCUGCAGCCCAACCACCGUUCCACGAAACGAAAAGUGGAAGUGGUUUCGCCAGCAACUCCCGUGCCCAGCGAGACGGCGCCAGCCUCUGUCUUUCCUCAGAAUGGCUCAGCCCGGAGGGCGCUGGCCGCCCAGCCAGGACGGAAGAGGAAGUCCAACUGUCUAGGCACCGACGAGGACUCCCAGGACAGCUCGGACGGAAUCCCGUCAGCCCCACGCAUGACAGGCAGCUUGGUGUCCGACCGCAGCCACGACGACAUCGUUACCCGCAUGAAGAACAUCGAAUGCAUCGAGCUGGGCCGCCACCGCCUCAAGCCCUGGUACUUCUCCCCGUACCCCCAGGAACUGACCGCUCUACCCGUGCUCUAUCUCUGCGAAUUCUGUCUCAAGUACGGGAAGAGCCUCAAGUGUCUGCAGCGUCACCUGACCAAAUGUGACCUGCGGCAUCCCCCGGGCAAUGAGAUUUACCGCAAGGGCACUAUCUCUUUCUUUGAAAUUGAUGGGCGUAAGAAUAAGAGCUAUUCCCAGAACCUCUGUCUCUUGGCCAAGUGUUUCCUGGACCACAAGACCCUGUACUAUGACACAGACCCAUUCCUCUUCUACGUCAUGACCGAGUAUGACUGCAAGGGCUUCCACAUCGUUGGCUACUUCUCCAAGGAAAAAGAGUCCACAGAGGAUUACAAUGUGGCCUGCAUUCUGACCCUGCCUCCGUACCAGCGGCGUGGCUAUGGCAAGCUGCUCAUUGAGUUCAGCUAUGAGUUGUCUAAGGUGGAAGGGAAGACGGGGACCCCCGAGAAACCCCUCUCGGACCUUGGCCUCCUGUCCUAUCGGAGCUACUGGUCACAGACCAUCCUGGAGAUUCUCAUGGGACUUAAGUCGGAGAGCGGCGAGCGGCCCCAGAUCACGAUCAAUGAGAUCAGCGAGAUCACCAGCAUCAAGAAGGAAGACGUCAUCUCGACCCUGCAGUACCUCAAUCUCAUCAACUAUUACAAGGGCCAGUACAUCCUGACACUGUCAGAGGACAUCGUGGAUGGCCACGAGCGAGCCAUGCUGAAACGGCUUUUGCGCAUUGACUCCAAAUGUCUACACUUCACCCCCAAGGACUGGAGCAAACGGGGAAAGUGGUGACCUCCUCUCCUUCCCCUGUGCCACGCCUCCUCUGCUGCUUGGGCUGGACCACACGGGACCCUGGCCAGGAAGGGCCUUCCUCCGGGCUCGGCUCGGCCUUGAGCACGUGAGCUGCUGACAUGGGAAGAGGGAGACGCUGGGGGUUAGAGACUGUGGUACCUGCAACAGGACGUUCUGCCCACCCAGGGGCUGCUGGGGCUUGGGCCCACGUGUACAGAAAGCUGGGUAGCUAUGUAUAGUGAUGGGGAGAGGGCGGGCCAGCGGGAGGCUUUGUACAGGGGGCUGGGUGGGGGUGUACAGUUGUUUUGUAAAGCGUGAGCCAGAGGGGCUGCAGGAGAGCAUGGCCUGGGACGCUCCUGCCUUGCUUCGUCUGCAAUAAACUGUUUCUACAGA